AUGAAGAUAUCAUCGGUUGUUGUCUGCAUCCUGGUGCUGGUUCUUCCCAUGGCAUUCGCCAAGCUCAAGCUCGGAUUCUAUGACUCCUCCUGCCCUAAUGCAGAGUCCAUCGUGAAGCAAGCCGUGCAGAGGCGAUUCAACGACGACAAGACCAUCACUGCGGCCUUGCUUCGCAUGCACUUUCACGACUGUUUCGUCCGAGGUUGCGAUGCAUCGUUACUGAUAAACUCCACUGACGCCGAGAAAGACGCUGGUCAAAACGCAAGCGUACGGGGAUUUGAUUUCAUCGACGAGGUGAAGGAAAGGCUUGAAGCAGCGUGCCCUUCCACGGUGUCGUGUGUUGAUAUCAUAACACUAGCCACCAGAGACGCCGUGGCUCUGGCCGGAGGACCCAAAUAUGAGGUUCCCACCGGGCGACGCGACGGGCUUGUCUCUAGAAGCAGCGAGGUUGAUUUGCCAGGACCUGGCAUCUCAGUGCAGAAUGCCUUGAAUUUCUUUGCCAGGAAGGGAAUCGGACGACAAGACAUGGUGAGCCUUAUGGGUGGACACACGGUGGGAAAGGCGUUUGGUAGAUUUUUGGACGCCAAGACGCCCUUCGCAGUGGAUAACCAGUACUAUAAGCAAAUUCUUCAAAAAAAUGGCGUUCUGUCUAUUGAUCAAAACCUUGCUGUCUCUACGUCAACAAAGAGUAUUGUUACUGCCCUUGCAUCUGACACUGCUCAGUUUCAGCAAAGCUUCGCUGAUGCAAUGGUCAAGAUGGGUAGAAUUCAAGUUCUGGUUGGUAAUGCAGGAGAAAUCCGUAAGAAAUGCAGUGCUUUUAACAAUUAA